AUGGCUGCCACCUCGUCGCAGUCGCUCUACCAGAGCGCUGCCAUCUUCGCCGGUGGUCUUGCCAUCGGCGCAGGUACGCUCGCCCUUUCGCGCGCUGCCUUUGCUCCCGCCCACAAGUCCAACAAGUCGAUCAAGCGCAAGGUCUCGGACGCCAAGCUGCGUUCGGGCGAUGCUAAGUCUACCUCCACCGCCGUCACUGCCAAGGAUGCCUCCGCCCCUCUCGCUGGCAUCAUCGGCACCGGUCGCGUCGACCCUCACGCUUCCAAGCAGCUUGACAAGGUCGAUGCCAAGGGUGCUGGCCCUGCUGCUCCUCCGAAAGCCGAGCUGCCUGGCCACGCGGCUCCCAAUGGCGUCGAUGCUACGGCCGGUGGUCAGAAGCUCGCCGGACUCGUCAACGCUCAGCCCACCAACACCGCCGUCCCCGAGCCUUCGACGGCCAACCGUGCCAAGCAUGUCGAUGCCCACAUGGACCUCAGCACCAUCAACGGUCCCUCGGAGGCCGAACUCGCCGCCAAGGUUGCUGCCCAGUCCUGGCUGCUAGGUGUCUCGAGCACCAAGCUCACCAGCACCGCCGCCAUCGACUCGAUCGCCUAUGGCAACAGCACCGCCAUCUUCAGCUACGAGAGCCAGGCCAACGGUGGCUUUGGUGCCUUCAGCGAGAAGGAGGCCGAGCUUGCUGCUGAGAAGGGCUGGUUCAAGGGUCGCCCUUCCGUCUUCAAGAUGCAGACCCGCUCCGGUGCCGGUAACGCCAUCAUCGGCUAUUUGAACGCCAAGGGCGGCUCUUCCUCCACCGAGCCCGCCAAGGUCGUCACUGCGCUCACCAACGCUACCGGUUUCGCCGCCAUGGCCCCCGCCCUUGCCGCCUACAACGGCUCCGACAACGCCAAGCUUGUCCUUCAGGUGUCUGCCGCCAGCCACUUUGCCGAGCAGGACCAGGAGUUGUCCAUCAGCAACGACUAUGCUUCCGUCCUCUCUGCCGCCGCCGCUCUCGGCGACUCGUUCGAGGUGCUCCUCUCUGCCACCCGCCAGGAGGCCGUCGACUUUGCCCAGUACGCCUACCUGUCCUCCAAGAAUGUCGUCCACGUCUUUGACGGCGCCUUCGCCGGUCGCGAGGUGGGCACGCUCAACGUUCCCACCAAGGGCCAGAAGGUCGACGUUCCUGAGCCCUUUCUCUUCACCGGCUCGCCCAAGGCCAAGACGGUGCUCGUCGUCCCCAGCGGCUCGUUCAGCCAGGCUGCCCGUGCCGUCCUCGUCACCUUACCGCCUGCCGUCCGCCACAACGUCGCCCUCCUCUCGGUUCGCAGCCUGCGGGGCUGGGACGAGGCUGACCUGCGCAACGCCCUCCCCAAGUCGGUCGAGAGCCUCCACAUCCUCGAGGAGGUUGCUGGCGGCGCUGCCUCUGGCCAGCUCUACGAGGACAUCGUCUCCUCAGUCUUUGCCGGCGAGUUUGCCGACUCGGACGUGCCCUCGCACGUCUUCCCUCUUGCCCUUGCCCCUGGCCAGGACUUGACAGCUGCCGAGCUUCACAAGCUACUCGAGACGCUCGGUGCCAACCACAAGGCUGCCCUUAGGCUGCAAGAUGUGCUCGACGAGGCCGAGGAGAGCCACGCCGACCUUCUCGCUCUUUCGGGUGCUUCAGUCGUCACCUUCUUUGACGGCGAGACCAGCCCCACCGCACCUCUCGCUCAGCUCACCGCUCGUGCCAUCCGUGACCGAGGCGCCGACACGCAGCUCCACGCCCGCCUUCUCUCGCGCUACGACAACUUUGAGGCUUCAGGCAUCCUCCGCUCCGACAUUAUUCUCUCCAGCCGUCCCGAGUCGGCCGCCGAUGCCCCCAUCGUGCUUGCCGCCGAGGAAAACGCCGCCAUGGUGCUUGUCGUCAGCGACCCAGCCACCACGCUCAAGAGUUACGCUCCCUUCCAGUCGCUCGUUCGUGGCGGCACCGUCAUCUUCAACACCCCAGGCUGGGAAGUCGCCGAGCUCGACUCGAAGCUGCGUGCCGAGGACAAGCGUGUUCUCGCUCAGAAGAGUGCCCGCCUCCUCCUCGUUGAUGCUGCCGCUGUCGUCGAAAAGCUCAACACCAAGACCGCCAACGCCAGCGGUGGCAAGGCCAAGGUCGGUGACAACGUUGUCCCCGCCGAGAUCGCUGCCGCCGUGCUCCUCGUUGCGGUCCUGCGUGUCCAGCUCAACACGUCCGGCGCUGCUCUCGCCGCCUUCCUCAAGCGCGUGCUCGGCACCGCACCCGUCGGCAUUGACGGCGUCGAGGGUCUCGUUACGGCUGCCGAGAGCGCCAUCCAGCUCCACGCCUUCAGCGACGAAGAGUGGUCGAAGGCUGAACCCCUCUCGGAGGCCGAGCAGAACGCUCCUCUGCGACCCACCCAGAUCCGCUACAACGGAUUCGGUCCCAACCCGGACGCGGCUACCGUCGGCGUUGAGGUGGCUCCCUUCCGCAGCACCUGGGCGCAGUCCGCCUGGCAGCACCUCUUCUCCGAGGCUUACGAGACCAAAACUGACUCGCUCCGACCCGACCUACCUGAGAAGACCUGGGUCGUCGAGGUUACCGAAAACCGACGCCUCACCCCCGUCGACUACGACCGAAACGUCUUCCAUAUGGAGCUCAGCACCAAGGGCACCGACCUCAAGUAUGAGGUCGGCGAGGCGCUCGGUGUGCACGGCUGGAACGACGAGAAGGAAGUCGCCGAGUUCAUCCGAUGGGCCGGCUUCGACGCUGACGAGGUUAUCAACGCCCCCAGUCUCACCGAGGCCGGCAAGCACGAGAGCCGCACCGUGUUCCAGACGCUGCAGCAGAACCUCGACAUCUUUGGCAAGCCGCCCAAGCGCUUCUACGAGGAACUGGGCAAGCUGGCCACCAACCGCGACGAGGCACGCUGGUUGCGCUUCAUCAGCUCCGCCGAGGGCUCGUCGACGUUCAAGAAGCUCUCGGAGAUCGAGACGCUGACGUACGCCGAUGUGCUGCGCAUGUUCCCCUCAGCGCGUCUGCCCGUCGACCAGCUGCUGACGCUCGUCGAGCCCAUCAAGCCUCGUCACUACUCGAUUGCCUCUGCUCAGUCGGCCGUGGGCGAGUCGGUGCACCUGCUCAUCGUCACCGUCGACUGGAAGACUCCUAGUGGCAGCCCGCGAUACGGACAGUGUACGCGCUACCUGUCGGAGCUCAAGCCGGGUGCCAAGGUGACCGUGUCGCUCAAGCCCUCAGUGAUGAAGCUUCCUCCCAUUGACUCGCAGCCGAUCAUCAUGGCGGGUCUGGGAACGGGUGCUGCACCCUUCCGUGCAUUCAUCCAGGCUCGUGCGCACAAGAAGGCGCAGGGCGUCGACGUCGGUCCGCUGGUGUACUACUUUGGCUCGCGCUACCGUUCCUCUGAGUACUUGUACGGCGAGGAGCUCGAGGCGUACACGCAGGAUGGCGUCAUCCAGCACAUGGGCCUCGCCUUCUCGCGUGACACGAGCAAGAAAGUGUACAUCCAGCACAAGAUCCUCGAGGACGGCGACCUGUUGACCCAGUACCUCGGCCCCGAGAUCGAGAAGCUCGAGGCCGCCGGUGGCAAGGCCGAAGUCGUGCUCCAGGACGGCUUGGUCAACGACGAGGACAUCGAAGAGGGCCAGAAGGGCUUUUUCUUCGUCUGCGGUCCUACGUGGCCCGUGCCCGAUAUCCACGAGGCGCUCGUGGGUGCGUUCGUCAAGAAGGGUCUCACCAAGGACCAGGCUGAGAAGAAGAUGGAGGCUCUCAAGGAGGACGAGCGAUACGUUCUCGAGGUGUACUAA